CCUGUGUGCCAGGUGCCCCUGUGAGCCAGAGACAUGUCGUGCUGCCAGCCCUGCAACCCUUGCUGCCAGCCCUGCGGCCCGACCCCGCUGGCCAACAGCUGCAAUGAGUGCUGUGUCAGGCAGUGCCAGGACUCCACCGUAGUCAUCCAGCCCUCCCCCGUGGUGGUGACCCUGCCUGGGCCCAUCCUCAGCUCCUUCCCACAGAACACUGCUGUGGGAUCCUCCACCUCCGCUGCCGUUGGCAGCAUCCUCAGCUGUGACGGAGUGCCCAUCAACUCCGGGGGCUUUGACCUCUCCUGCAUCACCAACCGCUAUUGUGGCAACAGGUGCCUUCCCUGCUAAAGCUGUUGGCA